CCGAUUGAAGGCACUAACGUCGUCAUCUAAGCUGCAUCCCCAAAUCUCUGGGCAUUUGGGCUGUGCAUCUUGAAGUCGCGACACUCAUAGCAAUACAUUGAUUCUAUAGCUCACUGCUAUUUGUUAUACUUUAUCAAUAUUUGCCACUUGCACAGUCGCAUUGCUAUAAAUCGAGUUGCAAGCAAUGCAAUGCUCUAGAAUACAAUGCUUAGUCUCGGGUUAAUGGCGACAUCGACGCAACAUCGAAGGGCCAGGUCCAAGUUCUCUUUCCGCUCGUUUUACAUAUCGACUCUAUUGCUGUGCGCCUUUGCCUUGGUUAGUCUGGUUGCGACCCAGGUUGCCCGAUACAAGAAUGGCGACCAGUAUGGGAUUGUCCAGCGACGCGCCGUUGCGGAACUCGACGCCAACAGGUUGCUCAAGAGAGAUGAAGAGUGCCGGCUCGUCCAUUUUGCAGACGAUAAAUGCGCCUUCAUAAAAGCAAACUGUCUGGACGAAGAAGCAGGCCUCCUGUCUUAUCUAUCCCUCUACUACUGCACUCUUCCAAAUGCGCAACCCGUCGCGUUCACAAUACUCGUUCUAUGGAUUGGGCUAUUGUUCACGACAAUCGGCAUUGCCGCAAGCGACUUCUUCUGUAUAAAUCUUAGCACGAUUGCCACGAUUUUGGGUAUGAGCCAAAGUAUGGCUGGUGUUACUUUCUUGGCUUUUGGAAACGGCAGCCCGGAUGUGUUCUCGACAUUUGCGGCAAUGAGCACUCACAGUGGGAGUAUGGCGGUAGGAGAACUGAUUGGAGCGGCCGGGUUCAUCUCCGGGGUUGUUGCGGGGUCAAUGGCCUUGGUCAGAGAGUUCAAAGUUGGAAAGAAGAGCUUCGUUCGCGAUGUCGGCUUCUUCAUUGUGGCUGCAAGUUUCAGCAUGGUGAUGUUAGCCGAUGGCAUCCUGCACUUGUGGGAAUGCUGUGCUAUGAUCGGUUUCUACGUAUUUUAUGUGGCGGUUGUUGUGACAUGGCAUUGGUAUCUCCAGCGGCAACGAAGGAAGAGGGAGCGCAUUGCCCUUUCACGGGGCCAUUAUCAGGGGCCAUCUUUUGCGGAAAUAGAAGUGUUGGUGGAAGAUCACGAAGACGAAGAUGGUGUAGAAGAUGGGAGCCGGCUUGGACGGUCAAGUGAAGACUUUGAAGACUUGGAAAGAAGCUUCCACGACCGAACGCCCAAUAUCGAACGAGACUCUGAUGAUGAUAGCGAUGGCGAAGGGGAGAGGGGCAGGAUGCUGGCCACAGAAGUGAGCAACAGCAUGCGAGUUCUGCGUCCGAGAGGUAGCAGAAGGAGCACGAUGACUCCUAUCAGACCCAGUCUUAUCGGAGCAAUGGAGUUUCGUUCGGUCUUGUCUUCGCUCCAAAAAGCUAGAGGUUGCUCCGACCACCAAAUACGACUCCGGCGGUAUUCAGAUGAGCGGGUGCCAUCCUCCAACCCAUCUUUCGACCGAGGAACUGUUCGGUCCAAUCAAUCUGAGCAAGGUACUGUUGUCACUAAUGCAGACCACCCGUCAGGUUCAACAGAUUUAAUCGAACCUAAUUCUCCAAUGGUACCAUCCUCCGCGGAUGAUGUCAAUAAGAACCCGAGUAAUCUUGGUCAUUAUUUUGCGGCGGAAGUUCCAAAUAGCGGCAUUGAGCCUGCAGUGCCUAGCGACCCUAGAUAUCUGGACCCAAUAAACACCGCCGCAGAACCUGGCAGAAGCCAGCAGUUUCCAAUCAAAACUGGUGACGCCAUCCCGCCCUCGCCGGUGAUUUCAGUAUCGUCUCCGCCGAUUUCUCGAGAGCCCCAAGACACCAGCCCACCGCUUCAGGCGGGGCAACAAAAUUAUGAGCAUGGCCUAGCACCACCCGCACCAGAUUUUUUUGCCGGUCACCAGUUGAAACCCGACUUCUUUCAAACAGCAUCGACCGUAAACCCCUCGCCGGUUUAUUCUCCCCGAACUAGCCGGCCAACGAUUCGUGUUCCCGAUUCAGGAGAUAGCUCCAGGACACGCUCGUUGUCACCGGUAUAUGCAUUCCCUGCGUAUACGGACUCACCGCGGCCACUUUCUUCUCCGCAGCCCAUUUCUCCCCCACAAGCAAGGCUCGAAUCCGGAGGUCUAAGUUCUCCUGGGACGCCUGGUGCACGAUCAUUCUAUGGUCAGGUCCCCGGAAGACUUGUCAGGUGGUGGCCAUAUCGCUACCUUCCUGCUCCACAAGCUAUUCGCUCUUCUUUGUUUCCUACGUUUGAAAACUGGGAAGGUAAGAAUAUCUGGGAUAAGCUUUUGAGCGUGGUCUCUGCACCAAGUAUCUUCUUACUGGCUGUGACACUGCCGGUCGUAGAGAGCGAACUAAAAGAGGAUGAUGAAGAGCUUGAACUGGAGAAUGCUCGAGAACGCCAAUCAAGGUCUCGAAGUGCCACGAGCCAGGGGCUUGCCGAGGAGGCUCCUUAUACAGACAAUGAAGUCGAACCAGAAUGGGCUAACUAUCGCCGCAGUUCUAUCCGCAAUUCUGUCCUGCUUACUCCUGGAGCAGAGCCACACGUUCGUGGACUUGCCGGACACGGAACCUCAGCUAGCAUAGCCAUCUCAACUGAGGACAUCCAUCACGGCAACCCUCACUCUGAGCCGUUACAGCCAAAGAACAUCAAUCCAGCCCAAGAUUACUUUGCUGCGCGGGCCGAGUCAGCUCUAGCUCUAACAACACCCGCCGACUGGAAUAGGUGGCUUGUUGCGGUUCAGAUAUUCACCGCGCCUGUGUUUGUCUCCCUUGUUAUAUGGGGGAACUUGUACCAUGACGAUCUGCAACCGAAACCCCUUUUCAUGAUGAUCUUAUAUGGCUUGAUAGGGUCUCUGGUUACCCUUGCUAUCCUCACUGUCACAACAAGACAUGAUAGGAUGCCAAAAUACAGGCACUUGUUCUGCUUUCUUGGAUUCAUUGUCAGCAUUGCCUGGAUCUCCACGAUAGCCAACGAAGUCGUAGGGGUGCUGAAAGCCUUCGGCGUCAUCGUUGGUAUCUCCGAUGCCAUUCUUGGACUCACGAUAUUCGCCGUUGGAAAUUCCUUGGGCGACCUUGUUGCAGAUAUCACUGUUGCGCGUCUUGGAUAUCCCGUCAUGGCGCUCUCCGCGUGUUUUGGCGGCCCGAUGCUCAACAUUCUAUUGGGAGUUGGUGGCAGUGGACUUUACAUGACGCUCACGGAGGCCAACAACAAACAUGAAAAGCAUCCAGGGCGGCCGAUGAAGUACAAGCCCUACGAGAUCGAUAUCAGUCCUACGCUUCUAAUUUCGGCUGUCUCGCUGCUCAUUACUCUCGUAGCAUUACUGAUCCUCGUACCGCUCAACAAAUGGAUGAUGACUAGGAAGAUUGGAUAUGGAUUGAUUACACUGUGGGCGGUUAGCACAGUUGCUAAUCUAGUUGUAGAAAUAACGGGGGUUUGGGGGGAUCAUACAUCGUUGUGAUCGGUUGGUUAGUAGGCGGCGGAUUACAUGCAUGAUGGCGUUUGUGUUAGAUACCCAGCCACAUUAUAUAAUCUAUGGGCAUAUCGGCUCUAAAUGUCGGUUUAUAUCUAUUUCAUCGUAUUGUCUGUUGACUGCAAAUGAUGAAAUUAGUUUUCAAUCACCAGGCUCUAUAAUUUCAAUGAUGCUGAGUUUAUGGCUUAAAUAAUGUAUACCC